AUACGUAGAGAUAGAAAGUUAUGGCGCAGACAUAUAAAUAGUAGAGAGAGAAAGCCGGUAGGUGUUUCUUUCAACUUUUUCCCAUUUUCAUUCAUUAUUGUAACGGACAGAAAAGAGUAGACAUGGAUGGUGGAGCUCAGCCGGUAGACACCGCGAUGUCAGAGGCGGCGCCACCUCUGUAUCCGGGCCAGCAACCUACCGAGCACAUACCCGCGACACUGAGCCACGGUGGGCGAUUUAUCCAGUAUAACAUCUUUGGCAACGUUUUCGAGGUCACUUCCAAAUACAAACCCCCAAUCAUCCCCAUAGGAAAAGGAGCAUACGGCAUCGUAUGCUCGGCUUUGAAUUCAGAGACGAAUGAGUAUGUGGCGAUUAAGAAGAUAGCUAAUGCUUUUGAUAACAAAAUCGACGCGAAGAGGACCCUGCGCGAGAUCAAGCUACUUCGCCACAUGGAUCAUGAAAACGUUAGUGAGUCGCUAUAUGUAACUAUGUGUGUGUAUAUUUUUUUAAGAAUUAUUUUCUUGGAAAAACAUUUUAUUUUACUAGGUAAGACAUUUUGUUGUAAAGAUGCUCUUAGGUAAAAAGCAAGAUCUGGU